CGUAAAAAAGAAAAAAAUUGGAAAUACAAAAAAUUGCGAGGAACAAAAACAUCAUCAGCGCACACAUCAUCACCAGCAUUCUCUGUGAGACAGUACAAUCACCGAAGCAUAUCGGUAGGAAUAAGGUAGAACACCGUAUCGUUUUUUCACCCCAUCGUCAUCACUAACGUGCAACACUUCGAAGACACAAGGCUCUGAAUAAAAAUUGCUAAACGGUUGCCUUUUAACUACUGAAAGUAUAUUACGAGGAGUCAAAGACAACAAAAUCAGAACAGACUAAAAGUUGUAAGGGAAUCUGACUUUUUCACACAACAACGAACAAAAUGGGGCUUUCAAAAUUAGAUUUAAUUGCGUGUACGUCGCUUCUGUUCUUGGCGGUCGAUGGGUUUGUUCCCAGUGCACCUCGAACAAACAGUCUGACAAUACGGUCGAUGGUAUCGGUCAGUCCGCCGCCGUCUUCCUCCGCGUUUGUAGAGGACGACGACGACGAUUACGGUGAAGAAAUGGUAGACUACGAUGCGUACGACGAAGACGGAACCAUGGAAACGCCCGAAUCCACGCUGCCCAAGAUCAGUUCGCAACCCAUCCGUCGGUACAAAUCACUGAAAAAGGAACCGCUGGUGGCCAUCUUGGGUCGUCCCAACGUAGGUAAAUCCGCCUUUGUCAAUCGCAUCUGUGGCACCCAGAGCGGGGGUGCCAUUGUCGCCGACGAGGAAGGAAUCACACGGGACAGAACAUACCGAAACGCCAACUUUUUGGGCGAAAACUUCCAAGUCGUCGAUACCGGUGGGCUGGUCUUUGACGACAACGAAAAAACCCUCUUUGCCAAGGAAAUCCGCGAGCAGGCGAUGGUGGCCAUCGAUGAGUCCAGCGGAGUGAUUCUCGUCGUCGACGGGCAGGUCGGAAUGACCGGCAUGGACCAACAGAUUGCGGAAUUCCUGAGAAAGGAGGUUCUCAGCCGAAACCUGCCGGUCAUCCUGGCGGUGAACAAGUGCGAGUCGGAAAAAAUCGGUGCCCUCAAUGCGGCCGAGUUCUGGAACCUCGGACUGGGGGAACCAAUCCCCGUCUCGGCCCUGCACGGUGUCGGGACUGCCGAGGUAUUGGAACAGCUCUUUGAGGGAAUCCAGAAACAGCAGUCGGCGGCCCUGCCGGAGUUCGGAACCAAGGUGGAACGGCUCAAGCAGGCCAAGAUGCGCAAGAAUUCCAAGAAGCAACUGCCGGGGGAAGACGAGAUCGAUUUCAAGAUGCGCAAGUACAACAUCGGUGACGUUGCCCAAAAGAUCGAGAGCGAGUACGAGGCCGCACUCGCGGCUCUGGACGAAAUGGAGAGACCAGAGGAAAUCAACGUGGCCAUUGUCGGGCGCCCCAAUGUUGGAAAAUCGAGUUUGCUGAACGCUAUUUUCGGAGACCAGAGAGCCAUUGUUAGCGACAUGGCUGGUACCACGCGUGACUCCAUUGACGCCAUCAUGGAGCGGCCCCCCGAUGAGGAAGGCGAUCUUCCCACAAUCUACCGAUUUGUCGACACUGCCGGUAUCAGACGGAAGGGUAAGGUCGAGUUCGGACCGGAGUUCUUCAUGGUCAAUCGAGCCCUGAGAGCGAUCCGUCGUGCCGAUGUUGCCCUGCUGGUCAUGGACGCAACCGCCGGUGUCACGGAACAAGAUCGAAUCCUUGCACAGAAGAUUGCCGACGAUGGACGUGCGUGCGCCAUUAUUUGCAACAAGUGGGACGCUGUUGUCGACAAGGAUUCCUCGACCUACGACAAAUCCAUCAAGUACAUUCGUGCCGAGAUGCCCCAGAUCCGAUGGGCUCCGAUCCUCUUCAUCAGUGCCGAAACUGGCCAACGUGUCGGAAAGAUAUACAACGUGGUCGACGAAGCCAUCGGAGCGCACCGCAAACGGGUGUCGACCUCGGUUCUCAACGAGGUUCUCCGCGAUGCCAUUUUGUGGCAGCCGCCUCCGGCCAGGCGCAACGGUGCCCAGGCCAAGAUCUAUUACUGCAACCAGGUCAGCACCCGUCCACCCACCAUUGUCGUCUUUUGCAACGACCCCAAGCUCGUCAACGACAACUACCGACGAUACCUCGACCGCAAGUUCCGAGAAUCCCUCGAUGGGUUUGAAGCGACGCCCAUUCGGUGGAUCUUCCGCGGACGCCGCCAGCGCGACAUUAUGCGUGCCAGGGACAUGAACGGUGAUCCUGGAAGCGGAGGAGCGGGAGUCAGCUUCCCGUUCCCCCAUGCGGGCUAAUCAUUUUCCUUUCGCGGCAACAUCUAUUUUUUCUCUCUUAUCCCCACCAACCACGCAUACACGCAAUCAUCCUUAUAAUAUAUUUGAUAGAACAAA